CGAUAUUGGCGGUCUCAAGGUUGAAGUCUCUGCCGGAUCAGGCAUGGAAGAUCCCCGCUGCGCCUCGCGGACUUCACGCAGCAACAAAACGGGGAUUUUAGAGAAUUAAAGCAGGACUUUUGCGACUUUUUUUGCCUCCACACUUUGGUACAAGUCGGCGUCGAAAGCGAACAUGCUGGGAUGGCUCGCAGUGCUCUGCGUCGCGGUGCUGCUGCUCGCCGUAACCUGGUGCGCAUUGUGCAAACUUUCCUCCGGCGCGGACGGCGGGAGGCGGACCGACGCCGCGGGAACCUGCAACAGCAGCAGCAGCAGCGCGGAGCUCGUCUGCAAGCCCUCCGCGCUGGCCAAGCACCUCCUGAAGACCUGCACCUCCUUCGCGGACUACGCGCCGUGCGCGGCCUGGACGUGGCGGGCCGGCGCCGUCCUCUGGAGCGCGUAUGAGGCGUGCAGUGGCGGCGGCAGCAAGGUGCACUUCGCCAGGGACCACCUGCAGCUGAGCGAUGGCGGACUGGUGGCUUUGGACUGGGCUUUCCCCAAGUACCAGAAGAGACGCAGGACCUCCGGCCAGUCCGCCAGCCCGGUGCUGCUCAUCAUCCCCAAUUCUUUUGGCAAGAUCACCAGGAAUGUGCUGCAGUUGUGUCAAACGUCCCUCUCCCACGGAUACCUCCCCGUGGUGCUCAACCGCCGCGGCCACAACGGCACGGCCCUCACCACUCUCAAGCUGCAGCAGUUCGGAGACCCGGCGGACCUGCGGGAGGCGGUGCGCUACAUUCGCUACCGACAGCCGGCCGGCAAACUGUACGCCGUGAGCGAGAGCACGGGCUGCGGCCUCCUCCUCUCCUACCUGGGCGAGUGCGGCUCCUCCAGCUACGUCACGGCCGCCGCCUGCCUGUCACCCAUCUUACGCUGCCAGAGCUGGUUUGAGAGCGGCCUGUGCUGGCCCCUGGAGCGGGCCCUGGUGCUCUAUCAGAAGAUGUGCCUGAGCAGAUACAAGACGGCGCUGAGUGCCAGCGUCAACACCGACCGCCUCUUCGCCACCACGACCCUACGCGGCCUGGAGGAAGCUCUCUUCUGUCGACCUCCGCUGGCGGACCCGACCGGGACUUGCGCAUCGUGGGAGGCGUACUGGGAAUGCAACGAACCCUUGAGGGACGUGGACGAGGUGGCCACUCCGGUGCUGAGUAUCUGCGCCCGGGACGACCCCAUACGGGGCGACGCCUCGUCAACGGUGCCCCGGGAGCUUUUUGAGAGCAACCCGCAUUUGUUCCUCCUGCUGACAGACCGGGGCGGUCACUGCGGCUUCUCCGAGGGAACCUCCGCCGCGCCGAAGUGUGCGACGGGCAACUGGAGCCACCGAGCUCUUUUGGAGUUCUUCAGGGCGACGGCGAACUUCAUGGCGGCCGAGGAGAGAGCCAAGCAACUGGCUGCCAGGAGGAGGGUUUUGGGGGCUGGGACGGGAGGGAGAGUCUUCCGGCACCGUAGCGUCAGCACGUGCAAACAAGUGCCAGCGUGUUCCCAUAACAUCCACGCCAUUUACAACUGGCAGAGGUCUUACACACGCUGAAGAAAGCGAAAUAAACCCUUUUUUUUUUUUUUUUUUCUUCUUAGGGAAAAAAACAACAAACAAACAAAAAAACCACUUUAUGACACCUGGUUUUUGGAGGCUUUUUUUUUUCACAUUGGUUUCAUGUUUUUUUACGUUUUGAAUUUUGUGAACUCCAUUUUUUUUUUUUUUACAUCAAAUUAAAUGGAAAAAAAUGUGUUGGCAAAAUGUGCUUGUUUAAAAAUUAAAAAUUUUAGUGUAAAAAAAAUUUUGUGGAUAAAAAAUUCAGUGUAAAAAAAAUUCCGUGCUGAAAAAAUUUACUGCUUAAAAAAGCAAGACUCGCUUCCGGUAAAUUAAGACUGAGUGCAAACUUUUCCAUGUACAGAACCGAAUAAAAAUAUGCUUUGAUGUAUGAACUUUGUCUGUGUGUACGAAUGUUCAUCCUCCCAUUGUGUGUCCGGAAGCACAUCCAUUGUGGGCGGGCUCAUUCAGUCACUUUGUGGGCUUUUUUUUAAAAGUGUUUUUUAGUCUUUUUACCACAGUUAUCUUAUUUUGUUAUCUCAAUACGAGUCUGGAAAAAAAAUCUCCACUACAGAUGUAUUUAGUGGUACCUCGGCCAUUCUUCCCAAGAUCCGUCGCCCCUCUAUGACAUCAUCACUAGUUGACGGUAGUUCUUUGCUAACUAACUCACUUACACUGUACUUUGCUGAGUAAUUUUUUAAUUUAUUGCGUGUGACUGUGAAAUAAGUCACCAUGGGGCCAAAGAAAGUUGUGAGUGCCAGCACUUUGAUAAAGAAAGGGAGAAACAUUUAUGAAUCCCCUUGUCGUCUUUGCCAACAAGUCUUUUAAU